AUGUCCUCCAAAAUUAAGCAAGUGAGUUCAAAGCUAGUAGGACCAAUGUGCAAUGGUGAUGAACCAAAACCUGAUCCUAAUCAAUUUGUCUCUUUUUCUGUCUUUGAUAAGUUAGCAGACGAUGAUCAUCCAGCGUUCUUGUAUGUGUAUAAACCACCAAACCCACCAAAUAUGUUAUUAGAACAAGGUCUCCGGAAGGCUUUAGUUGAGUACCGAGAAAUGGCUGGCAGGUUUUCUACAAGUGAUCAGAACGGCCAUGGUGAUGAAUGUGUGAUACUACUAAAUGACGAAGGUGUUAGAUUCGUCGAAGCAAUCGCUGAUUGCACUCUCAGUGAGGUUAUUCCAUUCAAGCCAGAUACGUUAUCGAGUUUGAACCCACGUGAAGAAGGACAAGACGAAUUGGCUUUUGUUCAGCUUACUAGGUUCAGUUGUGGUCCGCUAGUUCUGUUCUUUUCGAGCAGCCAUUUCGUGGCUGAUGCAGCAGCUGUAAGUCAAUUCGUUGUUGCAUGGAGUCAAGCUUGUCGAGGUUUAGAGAUCUGUCCACGUCCUUUGCAUGACCGGAGCAUAUUUGUUCCACGAGAUCCUCCUACAGUCGCUUACGACCACAAAAAUGUCGACGUUGCGAAGAGGGUGAUCAAUUAUCAAGAGAUGACGGAUCAACCACCUCCUUAUUCGGAAGAUGAUGUGGUCUAUCAAAAAGCACAUUUCGCACCAGAACUUAUUGCCAAGAUUAAGAGUAAGGCUAACUCUUCCGUUCCAGAACGUGGGCCUUAUUCCACCUUUGUGAGCUUGAUAGCUCAUCUAUGGAGAACUAUGGUGAAAGUUCGAGGACUUACAGAGCUUCAAAUAACCGAAAUGAAGAUCUCCGUGAACGGACGUAGAAGGUUGAAACCUUGUGUUCGAGAUGAGUACUUAGGUAAUUUGAUUCUUUCGGCAUAUCCUCAAUCUCGGGUAAAAGAUUUCUUGGAUGAACCCUUGAGCCAGAGGUAA